AUGGCCCCCCACGACGUCUCCCGCCUCACCUCCGAAAUGCAUCAAACCCUCACCGAAAUCCACCGCACCCUCUCCUCCCUCGACCCCGCCGCCUCCACCGCAGCACUCAACGCCCUCGAGCAAAAACACACCAACACCCUCACCACUCUCACCUCCACCUUCUCCACCGAAUCCAAAACCCUCCACACCCAGCGCGAAGCCCGCCGACGGGAGGUAGCGGAGCAGCGGAGGAAAGAAGAUGAAGAAAUAAUGAGGAGAAGGAGGGAAGAGGAUGAGAAGUUGGCGGGGGAGGAGAGAGAAGAGGAUGAGGUGCGUGCGGGGGGGUUGGAGGAGAGGAGGAGGGAGGUGGAGGGGGAGAUGGAACGGGAGAUGGAGCGGGUGGAGGAGGAGGUUAGGAGGGAGUUUGAGGAGGGGAGGAGACGGUUGGGGGUUUUGAGGGGGAGGAGGAGGGAACUAAAUCGGUUGAUUGAGGAACACCUGGAUACGGCGCUUCCUGAGCUGCCUACUACACUGAGGAGGAGGAGGGUGUCUAGCCAGGAGAACGAAGCAUCGGCUGCCUCUCAACCCGAUACGCAACCGAUGGAACAUUCAAGAUCUUGGGAGUCGACGACCGGGCCAGAGCUUGGGCAGGAACCAAACAACGACCUAUCACAAAAUUCAGCCCAAGAUGCCUUCUUCGAGAGUCAACACCCGUCAUCGGAAAACCCCAUCUCCGACGAUUCGACCACCCAAGCUCCCGAGAAUACGGGCCAGCCAGACGCGGAAGACCUUCCAGCACAGGAAGUCUCAGACGACAAGACCAUCCACCCAGAACAUGAAGUGGAAACAAUUCCCGGGACUAUAAACCAUGGGGCAGACGUCAAAGGGAAAGGAGGCAUAACACAAGGGCCUGGUAAUAUUGAAAGAACAACCAGCGCCGGAGGCCUGAUAACUCCAGGGGUCGACGAAAAGGAAAUUGGCGAGGUCCCAGCUCCGGCGACCAUCCAGGAUGAAGAUGAAAGCACCUUGGACUCACCUCCCCCAGUGCCUCUCCACAGGACCCGGGAUCCUGGUGAAAUCUUCCCUCUGCAGGAUGCCACCGAGCCCCGGAAGAUUCCUAGCCAAGAAACCGAGCACCUGAUGGUAGCAGAACGAAACCCAGAGCAAGUCCUUCCAGAGAGCCAAGAACCACCGAGCUAUGAAGAAAGCGCCCAAGACUACGAGUCCGAGCAUCAGCACAGCACCACAGUCCACGGCGAAGACCAUUUAUUUGACGACAGCGACCACGGCGAGGAUUCCCUCGAGUUGGAGAAGGUUCUCGAGCACGGCGAUGUGAGACAACAGGCGAUAGCACACACAGAAACAGAACAGACGGUCCCAGGGGAGGAAGCCGAGGUGCAUGUCAACAGUGCUGGCGUGGAACAGGUUAUUCCGCAGGUUGUCGUUCAGGGUCCGGCUACCCCUGACCUGCCGGAGGAAGCUGAAGGGCCAGAACAGCCUGGCCAGAUCGACCAGGAAGGCGAAAUAGGGGCAGCCACCAGCUACUUUGAAGAUGACGACUCUGAACCAGAGUCUCAGCAAGAGUCUGAGUAUGAGUCUCGACCUGGAACUCAACUUCGGGAAUCACGACCCGAACCAGCAGAGGAAGCCCCCACUACCCACACAGAAGACGACCAUACCCACGAACCCUCCCCCGAAUCCACCCCCCUCAUCCGAAACACCGGCCUCCCAUCCAGCAACCACCACGCCGAACGACCACAAACACCCCCAAACCACAAAGACCCAACCUCGUCCGAUUAUCCCAUGCCCGACACCGCAUCAUCACGUAACACAGCCGACACGAUCUGGUCAGCCACGACCGCAGCAGACAAUUGGACGCCACAGUCACAUCAUACCCAGGUUACGACGUUCUCUUCCCUGCCGUCUUCGCCGUGGCGCGGUCGAUCGACGGGUAUGAGCAUGGGCAUGGACAUUGGCAGGGAAGUGAACAGGCAUAAGUUGGAGAAUGAGGCUUUGUUGGCUCGUCGGGUUGAUCAGCCGAAUGUGGAUAGCCCGACACUUCCUUCUCAUCCUCCUCGUUUCAGUGGUGAUGAUGAUCACGAGGAGGAGGAGGAGGAGGAGGAGGAGGAGGAGGAGGAGGAGGAAGAAGAAGAAGAAGAGGAGAUAGUCGAUGACGGCGGAGGUACCACAACCCCCCUGACGCUCAUGGCCCCCUGGCAGGGACGGGCCUCCCCCGAUCUCACUCUCGACCAACACCCCGUCUCCCACGAAGACAGCACCAAAGACACCCAAUCUAGCCACGAGGAUACCGGUGACAGCAGCCACCCCAGCAACACAGGCAGCCUCUUCCGCCGCAUGCGCAACAUCUUCGAGCCACACUCCCACCAUCAACACCAAGACCCUUCCGACCCCGAACCAGUAGGACCCAAACCCAGCAGCAGCAGCCGUGACCGCGUCUCCUACCCCGGCGCCCUAGACACAUCCGGCUACACAGGCUCUACCACCCGCGGAACGCCGAGUCAUUUCUACGAUGGCAACGAUGAGACAGGUCCGGAAUGGGAACCACCGCGGUAUCGACAUCGACGGUUUUCUGCGGCCGCGGAUGCGGCAUCAUCGCGGCAUUCGGGAAGGGUGGUUCGGGAUGAUGCUGAAGAGGAGGGGGAAGUCAAGGUUGACGUGCCGGUAGUGUUAAGGGAAAACUUUGAUCGGCUGCGGGUGCUGUCUAUUCGGACGGAGGUUUCGGUGGAUGAUUAUGAUGAGGAGAAUAGUGACGGCGAUGACAGCGAAGGGGUAUUCAAUGAUGUUGCCAAUGACCUCCCUAGCGAGACUCACCCACAACAAGAAUCAGCCGUACCCACCCACUCCAACAUCCCUCAGCAUACCCUCCGCAGAACCACCCUCACACUCCAUCCAAAGUCCAAAUCCAAACCGGCAUACACCGAAGCAGUUGGCGAGGCAAGACUAGCAUGGCGCUGGGUCGAAGGCUGGCGGGCACGGCUACGACAGGGCGGUGAUGUGGUAGAAAAGGCGCGUUGGGAGUGA